AUGGCUGCGGCCCCCUCGAGGAGCUCAACCCGCCGUGCUGCCGCUGCUCCUGCUCGCGCUCGCAAGCCCGCGCGCAAAGUCGCGGAUCCCGCAACCGGCGAAACGGUCAUCUCGCCGCCGUCCGACUGGGAAGAGAUGUACGACGUGGUGAGGAAGAUGCGCGCCCCCGGCGGCGUGGCUUACGGGGCGGCCGUAGACACCAUGGGCUGCGAACGCCUAGCCGAUCCGAACGCCUCGCCAAAGGACCAGAGGCUGCACUCGCUGAUUGCGCUGAUGCUGUCCAGUCAGACCAAGGACACGGUCACGGCAGUGGUGAUGCGGAGGCUACAGGCGGAACUGCCGGCAUGCAAGCCGGGUGCCCCGGUGGGCUUGAACCUGGACAAUCUGUUGGCGGUGGAUGCGAACCUGCUCAAUCAGAUGAUUUGGGCGGUUGGCUUCCACAAUAAUAAGACCAAGUACAUCAAAAGAGCCGCCGAGAUCCUCCGCGACGAAUGGAACGGCGACAUCCCCGACACCGUGGAGGGCCUCACGUCGCUGCCCGGCGUAGGCCCCAAGAUGGCCUACCUCUGCCUGUCGGUGGCCUGGAACCGCACCGAGGGCAUCGGCGUCGAUGUGCACGUCCACCGCAUCACCAACAUGUGGGGUUGGAACAAGACCAAGAACCCGGAGGAGACGCGCCUGGCCCUGCAGUCAUGGCUGCCGCGGGACCGCUGGCGCGAGAUCAACGGCCUGCUGGUGGGCUUGGGGCAGAGUGUGUGUCUCCCCGUGGGACGGCGGUGCGGCGAGUGCGAUUUGGGGCUGCAGGGGCUUUGCAAGGCGGCGGAGAGGAAGAAGGUGCUCGAGGGGAGGAGAGUCAAGACGGAGGUGGUUAAGGAGGAGGUGUCCAAGGGGGAGGGGGCCGAGGGGAAGACGACGAUCAAGACGAUCAAGGAGGAGACGGUCAAGGUUGAACAGGAAGACCUACCUGGAGUGAGCGGUGGGAGCACAGCGGUCAAGGUUGAAGCCAUCGUCAAGGAGGAAGUGAAAGUCAAGCAAGAGCAGGACGACUAA